GUGGUUUGUUUGCUGAUUCAGCUCUGACGAUCCUAACCAUCUGGAGGUGUACUUGUGACUCAGUGAGUAUGGAGCUCAAGUUAACUCUUUUCAUAGCCAUCUCUCUGGUGUUCCUAGGAUGCUGCUCAAAUGUUGUGUUUCUAGAGCUAAUCAUAAAAGAUGACCCCGGAGCUGGAAAUAUUAUCACGUUUUUCCAGUUCCUCUUUGUCUCACUGGAAGGAGUUGUGUUUGUUUCGCACUUUUUCCGAGUACGUCCAGUAAUCCCCAUCCGCAAGUACAUCUUCAUGGUCAUGUUCUACUUCUUUGUCAGUAUCGUCAACAACUACGCCCUCAACUUCAAUGUACCUCUCCCCCUGCACAUGAUCUUCAGAUCGGGCUCUCUCGUGGCGAAUAUGGUUAUGGGUAUAUUGAUACUAAAGAAAAGUUAUUCAGCAUCAAAGUAUGUUGCGGUGUUCAUGAUCUUUGUUGGUAUUUCCCUGGCUACCUUUGCGUCAGCUCAAUACAUGAAUGGAGAGUCCAGUGAUGAAGGGACUAGUAGCGAGACAAGCUAUACCAGUAUCGUCACAAUGACCAUUGGUAUUGUGAUGCUUCUAACUGCUCUGUUUGGCUCGGCAAGAAUGGGAAUAUUUCAGGAAUUGCUUUACAAGGAGCAUGGCAAACACCCGAGGGAGGCAAUGUUCUAUACUCACGCUUUACCUCUACCAGCAUUCCUGAUUCUAGGAACAAACAUUUGGAGCAGAAUUAUCUCCUUUUCAGCAUCUGAGCCUAUCUCGUUAGUGUACACUUUGACCAUUCCUAAGAUGUGGUUCUAUGUUAUCUGCAACUGCAUCACUCAGUACGUCUGUAUCCGAGGAGUCUUCGUUCUCACGACAGAGUGCCCCUCCCUCAUCGUUACCUUGGUCGUCACACUGCGUAAAUUCGUUAGCCUCGUCUUCUCUAUCUUCUAUUUCAACAACCCCUUCACCAUCACCCACUGGCUGGCUACUCUGCUCGUGUUCUCUGGGACUGCCCUCUUCACUGGUGUGUUCAACCCUCUCCUGGACCGGCUACUACCAAAGAUGGACAAUAAGACUAAGAAAGAAUAAUAUUUUUGCUUUGCACGUUCCUGGCCAUACAUUCUGCUUAUUUAUUUUUUUUCUGAAUUAUUGCCGUACUGCACAUAGAAUGACUUCUUUAAAGAUAAUAUAA